UUUGUCUGCCCUUGCCCCACUCCUGCUAUGCUGAUCCUGGAGGGGGAGUGCAGACCCCUGGCUGAGGCUCCACCUUGCCUCAAAAGUGCCUCCCCUCCCCCUCUCCAUGGCCCCUGAUGGCUUAUCUCUCAUGUCAGCUGCCAUUGCACCCAAGGACAUGAUCCUCUCCAGAUUCCUGAAGCCCUGGCUGGGGGAUGGGCUCCUGCUGAGUGGUGGUGACAAGUGGAGCAGGCACCGCCGCAUGCUGACACCCGCCUUCCACUUCAACAUCCUGAAGUCCUACGUGAGGAUUUUCAAUGACAGUGUGAACAUCAUGCAUGUGAGUCUUGAACCCAAGGUCCAACCCGGAGCCUCGGGGGCAAUGGAUGCUCAGAGGCAUGUUGUCUGGAGUUCUGGCUCUUCUGGGUAGCUUUGGGGCCAUUGCUUCUCCUUUCUGAGCCUCGGUUUCCUCAGCUGUAAACUGGGGAUAAUGAGCCUCACUUUGCAGGGUGAUCAAGAUGAUGUAAUGGACUCACGUCCCUGGCACAUAGUAGGUGCUCAUGUGCUAGUUUCUAUGUUUCCCUCUCAGAAGCCUUGGAAUCCUGAGACACUGUUGAUGAUAGUGAUGAAUGUUGCAUGUUGAAUACUGAAUAUGGAGUAACAAACCACUUUUCAAUUUAUAAGGUUUUAUUAUUGCUAACAAGUCUACGAGUCAGUGAGCUGCUUCUUCUGGACGUGGAUGGGGUCACUCAUGCAUCUGUGAUCAGCUGUGGGUCAGGUACUUUGCUGUUCUGGCCUCAGUCCUCUCAUGUGUUUGGGGCUUGGUUGGCUGUAGGCUGGUUUAGGAUGCUCUCAGCUGGGACAAUCCUCUCGUGUGGUUCCCUCCCUCCAGAAAGGCAUUUCAGGCUGUUCACACGGCAGAGGCCACGUUCCAAGAGGCUGAGAGGAAGCUGCAAUGCCUCUUGAGCUCUAGGUUUAGGAUGAUCACUCGUCAUUUUUACCGCAUUGGCCAAAGCAAGUCCAAAGGCCAGCCCAGAAUGAAAGGGUGAUGAAAUGGGCUCCUCCUGCUCAUGGAAGUUCACAGGCUCAUUGCAAAGGGUGAAUGUAGGGAGGUGAAGCAUUGGAGGUGGGGGUUUUGUGAAGUGCCUGGGACUUUUCCACACUUGCAAGCUGACAAGUAAGCUCAUUACUGUUUUGUGGAUCCUGCCAGAAGACAAGAGACUCCUGAACCAGAGACAAAGGACAGUUUAUUACUCAU